AUGUACAAACCGUUAAAGGGUAGUUCAUACAUAGAACUUCCUAAGGACAUUAGUAAUUCAAAGUGUGGGCUCAUCAAUAUGAAGAACAACGACAACCUGUGUUUCCUGUGGAGUCAUGUGAGACAUCUGAAUCCUAAGGCUAGAAGAGCAACCACUAUCACACAGAAAGAUAGGGAAUUCAUAACGAACCUGGACUAUAACGGUAUAGACUUCCCUGUGAAGAUAAGUGACAUCGAUAGAAUUGAGAGGAAAAACAGUAUCAGCAUAUCUGUGUUUGGUUAUAAGGGUAAGAAACAGUUCUACCCUAUAAGGAACUCCAAGGCUAAAUAUGAGGAUCAUAUGGAACUUCUACUCCUAGGUGAUGGUAAAGGUAACAACCAUUAUGUGCUCAUAAAGGAUGUAAACAGGAUGCUCUUCAGUGUAAGUAAACAUACACAUAAGAAGCACUUCUGUCUACACUGUCUUCAUAGUUGUGUGAGUGAAGAGGUACUGGAAAAGCAUAAGGAAACAUGUCUGGAGUUAAACGGAACCCAGGCUGUAAAGCUUCCCAAGGAAGGGACAAAAAUCAAGUUCAAAAAUCACAGGAACUCAAUACCUGUGCCGUUUGUGAUAUACGCUGAUUUUGAGUCCAUACUAGUACCAGAAGAGAGAAAAGAGAAGUCAAAGAACCCUCAGGAUGAAAGUAGUACAGAUCUUUACCAGACACACAAGGCUUGUAGUUUUGGUUUGAAGACUGUCUGCCACUAUGAUGAUAAGUACUCCGGUGAGUAUAAGAGUUACGUUGGAGAGGAUGCUGCAUUGGUAUUCCUAAAGACUGUAUUGAAAGAGUCCUUCAGAUGUAGAGAGAUGGUCAACAAUAUAUUCAAGAAAAAGAUGGUAAUUACACCCAAACAGGAAUUCGAAUUCCAGGCUGCAAGAAACUGUUCAAUAUGCGGUAACGACCUUGGCGAGGAUAGGGUAAGGGAUCAUGACCAUGUAACAGGAAUGUACCGUGGAGCUGCUCAUAAUAUAUGUAAUCUGAAGUACAGAAUUACAUGGAAAGUACCUGUGGUCUUCCACAACCUGAGAGGUUACGACAGCCAUCUGAUUAUGCAGGAAAUUGGUAAGUUUAAGAUGAACGUUAACAUGAUCCCAAAUAAUAUGGAAAAAUACAUCUCAUUCUCACUGGGUAAAAAUCUGGUCUUCAUAGACUCUAUACAGUUCAUGGCUUCUUCACUGGAAGCACUGGUGAGUAACCUUUCACCUGAGGACUUCAGGAUAGUAGGUAAGAGGUGGAAGGGUGAGGACUUCAAUCUAGUGACACAAAAAGGAGUGUUCCCAUACGAGUUCCUAGAUGAUAUUAGCAAACUUAAUACAGAAGGUCUUCCGAGUAAGGAUAAGUUCUACUCUUCACUGUAUGAGUCAGAGGUGAAGGAAGAAGAUUAA